GCUGGGAGGCGGCUCCGGGAGUCUCACUCCUGGCGUUUCUCGCCGCCCCGCAGUCAUGGCGGCGGAGCAAGAGGCCUUGAAGGGCGGUGGGGCGAGCAGCAACAGCGGAAGGAACCGGGGCGGCGUUCAGCGCGUCGAGGGCAAGCUCCGCGCCAGCGUGGAGAAGGGGGACUAUUAUGAAGCGCACCAGAUGUACCGGACGCUCUUCUUCAGGUACAUGUCUCAAGGCAAGCAUGUGGAAGCCAGAGAACUCAUGUAUUCAGGGGCCCUGUUGUUCUUCAGUCACAAUCAGCAAAACAGCGCUGCUGAUCUGUCCAUGCUAGUUCUAGAGUCCCUGGAGAAAUCGGACGCAAAAGUUUCAGAUGAACUCUUAGAGAACCUGGCAAAAGUCUUCAGCUUGAUGGAUCAAAAUUCUCCGGAAAGAGUGGCCUUCGUGUCGAGGGCACUAAAGUGGUCCAGCGGGGGAUCUGGAAAACUCGGGCAUCCAAAAUUGCACCAGCUGCUAGCCAUCACAUUGUGGAAAGAGCAAAACUAUUGUGAAUCCCGAUAUCACUUCUUGCACUCCACAGACGGUGAAGGAUGUGCGAACAUGUUGGUAGAAUAUUCCUCAUCCCGGGGGUAUCGUAGUGAAGUGGACAUGUUCGUAGCUCAAGCAGUGUUACAAUUUCUCUGCUUGAAGAACAAAACCAGUGCAUUAGUGGUUUUUACAACAUACACGCAGAAGCAUCCUUCCAUAGAAAGGGGCCCGCCCUUUGUACAACCCUUGCUCAACUUCAUUUGGUUUCUACUGCUGGCAGUUGAUGGGGGAAAGCUAACAGUAUUUACAGUAUUGUGUGAACAGUAUCAGCCUUCAUUGAAAAGGGAUCCCAUGUAUAAUGAAUACCUAGACAGAAUAGGACAGCUCUUCUUUGGUGUCCCACCCAAACAGACAUCGUCCUAUGGAGGACUACUAGGCAAUCUUUUAAACAGCCUGAUGGUAGCUGGGGAGGAGGAGGAUGGAGAAGAUGGGCAAGAAGACAGCAGCCCCAUCGAGCUGGAUUGACCCCUCCCAGAGCUGCUUGGAAUCUGGCUGUGUGCUCACUUUCAAACAAAACAAAACAGACACGCUGAGAACGAGUCCUGCGAUCGCGUCUCAACAUGUCAAAGGGCUCCUCUGUUCUGUUUAAAAGAAGGUUGCUGAGAUGUUCAUAAUGUUUUGGUCUAUAUUAUUUAUGUAAACAUGCAGUGGGGUACCCAAGAGAACCAAUUUGGUGUGAUCGUUAGUGGACCUUUGAUAACGUUGGCUGGUGACGGACCGAGGCGGAGCUCUCUCUGUGAUUCCGUAAGCAGUAUUCCCGCUUCUCACAAUCACACUAAAUAAAGCUGGAACUUGCAUUUGUUGCUUUAUAUUUCUAAAAAAAACAAAAACAAAAAACCCUACAUUUUUGUUUCAGCAAACUAACAAAUUAAGCUCUUGAUUGUCGCAAAGGGGUGUCCCAAAAGGCAGGGCUUUAGUUUCUUGAGAGGAGAUCCGUAGACCCAGUGCCAAAAGCAUUUCGAGCCAAAGAAGAUGCCAUACAAAUUUGAGAACCCAACCAAGAAAUACCAAAUUGGUUUCCAUGGUAGAAAAGUACACAUUUUGGAAACCCAGGAGGAUGCUGAAUAGUGUGUGCUGUGGACAUCGGUGAGGCCUUGCACCACUGCCGGGCAUGUAAUUUGACACCACUGGAUCAUGUGAACACCAAAGGCAUAGCCAAGUAGAAUGUCUCUUAUUUCGGUGAUGCUGUAUGUGUUUGUACUGUGGCUGAAAUACUUCUCAUUCUCUGGGAGAUGGUUUAAUUCUGUGACUCUUCAGCUGUCUUGCUACAACCCAGCCAAAGCAUCUACAUUUUGGCAGAAUCAGCAUGCAGACAUUUGAAACAGGGUGAACCUUAAAAGAAGGGGGUGCUGCGGACCUUUGAUAUUUAUUUUUAUGGGAUGACUUAUUGACUCAUUUUAACACUUUAUGUAAAGAAAGAACAAUGAAAUUACAAGUAACUGCAAACCACAUGCCUAGACUUCACAGACGCUGUCUCCAUUAAUACACACACCAGAUGUUAGCUGUAUGAUUAAAAGAUGAAAGGGGAAAACACUUUAUUUUUUCACAUUUAAAAUAAAAGGCUUAGAUUAAUACAGUGAUCAUGCAUGAGGGGAGAUAAUACAUUUUUAUUUACUGUAAAAAUAAUUAAAAGGUUGAAUUUGUGUUAAUUGUUGAGUAUUAAAUAAAUACUUUAUACUGGG